AUGUCCAGUGGGAAAUCCAGUCGCAAAGUACCUGUGGUUCUUACUAUGAAAAUAACAGUGCUUGAAGAUGACAUGCAAUUAAAUGUUAUGCAACAUGCUGUGGACAGACAUGAAGAGGGUUGGGCUCCACCAGGUCUCAAAGCCCAAGACACAACACAGAAUUUGAAAACCAGAUCUCAGUCUAUACCAUAUCGGUCGACGUCGGACUCAACAAGGGCCGCGCCUUCUGCUACAUACCAAGGUGGAGGUAUAAAGUGUGCAACUGUUACAGCAAAUAAGAUCAAUGCUAGAGAUGACAUAGUCAUAGGAACUUGGAAUGUCAGAACUUUGAAACAACCCGGUAGAGUUGAAGAACUAGCACAUGAAAUGAAAAGAUAUAGGUGGAACAUCUUAAGACUAAGUGAAGUGCGUUGGAGGAACUUUGGUGAAACAACAUCUGAUGAAGGUCAUAAGUUUUACUUCAGUGGUCGAGAAGACAAACAUGAGCAUUGUGUAGGAUUUCUUAUACACAAGGACACUGCAAAGGUAGUUUUGUGGUGCCAUCCAAUAUCCAGCAGGAUCAGCUCCAUACGGCUCAGAUCAUCGUCGUUCACCAUCACCGACAUACAGACUUAUGCUCCUACAUCUAAUUACAGCGACGAGGAAUAUAGAACAGUUUUACGAUCAGUUGCAAAAAGUUAUUGA